AUGAAUUUUCAGCUUCUGGCUCCUUUUACUAUUGAAGAGGUUAAAGCUGCACUCUUUGAUAUGGCUCCUAAGAAGGCCCCCGGUCCAGAUGGUAUGUCACCCUCCUUUUAUCAGAAUUUCUGGCCAAUAGUUGGGCAUGAUUUAUAUAUGUUUGUCUUACAUUGCCUUAAUACCUGUUCAUUUUCUGACGGCCUAAACACUACGAAUAUUGUUCUAGUCCCUAAGAAAAAAGUGCCAGAAAAAGUUUCAGACUUGAGGCCGAUUGCUUUAUGUAAUGUGGUUUAUAAGGUCAUGGCAAAAGUUUUGGCCAAUCGCAUGAAAGGAAUUUUAGACACUAUUAUUUCACCCACGCAAAGUGCUUUUGUUCCAAAUCGGUUGUUGUCUGAUAAUGUGAUUGUUGCGGGUGAAGUAGGCCACUAUUUGCGGAGGAAAUGUAACUGGUCUGUGGGUUGGGCUGCAUUAAAACUUGAUAUGGCUAAGGCUUACGAUCGAAUGGAGUGUUUGUUGUUUUUCAAGGACACCCAACAACAAGUGCAAAAGAUUAAGAAUUGUUUGGAGGAGUACUGUGCAGCCUCAGGGCAAGCUGUGAAUUAUGAUAAAUCCAAUGUGAUGUUCAGUACCAACACGCCAACAGAUAUGCGUUCCUUUGUAGCUGAUUGCAUGGGGGUGCAGGUGACUGAGGAUCUUGGUAAAUACUUGGGCUUGCCUUCUGUUUUGGGAAGGAAUAAAACUGCCAUUUUUCGAUUUAUUGAGCAAAGGAUUCGAGAGAGAAUUGGUGCUUGGCAACAGAAGCUUAUAUCGAAAGCCGGGAGGGAAGUGUUGAUUAAAAGUAUUGCACAAGCUCUUCCAAUUUUUACCAUGUCUGUAUUCUUAUUGCCGGGCCGUGUUUGUGAUACAAUUGAAAAAACUUUGAACCGAUAUUGGUGGAGUGGCAGCGAAGGCCGUCAGAAGGGAAUCCAUUGGUUAAGCUGGUCUCGUUUAAGUGUUCCUAAAAAGUGGGGAGGUUUGGGCUUUAAAAAAAUUGAUGAAUUUAAUAUAGCACUUUUGGUCAAGCAAGGGUGGCGUCUACUGCUGAAUCCAAAUUCGUUGCUGAAUCCAAAUUCGUUAGGAAAUAAUCCUAGCUAUAUUUGGAGAAGUAUUCUGGCCGGUCAACCAGUUCUAAAGUUAGGUGUUGCUCGUACGAUUGGCGAUGGUAAAGAUACUAGAGUGUGGGGAUGGCCUUGGUUGGCUGAUUCGACUAAUCCAAUGCUGCAAACACCUAGGUUUGAUAUGCUAAAUGAUGCCACUGUUUCUGGAUUAUUAGAUGAGCAAGGCAAUUGGGAUGAGGAGAUCCUGCAUGAUUUAUUUGAGACUGUUGAUAUAAGACGAAUCCUUGCAACUCCAGUAUCACUCCAAUUUAAGGAUACUUGGCGUUGGGUUGGGGACUUAAGAGGUAUGUACUCGGUCAAAAAUGGAUAUCAACUUCUUACUUCUCAAUCCAUGGCUGUCGAGUUGAAUGUCGCUUUCUCUGCAUGGGAUAGGUUAUGGAAGCUUCCAGUUCCUCCUCAAGUUAAAAAUCUACUAUGGAGGUGUGCUCGUAACAUUGUUCCGGUUCGUGAAGUUCUUAAGCAAAAGCAUGUGUACAUUGGUGGUGGUUGUCCUUUAUGUGCUAACGCGGUUGAGACAGUUGAACAUUUAUUCUGCAUGUGCGAAGUUGCUAGUCAAAUCCAGAGCUUACAACUCAACUGGAUGGAAUCAUUUUUAAAUCCCAAUGUCAAUGAACCUGUUAAUAUCCCCAUUGUUUGGUUCCCCCCUCCUCAAGGAUUUUUGAAGUGUAAUGUUGAUGCAGCGAUAUUUGAUGAUGGUGCAGGUUAUGGAGCGGUUCUUCGUGAUCAUCAAGGAAGGUUUGUGGCAGCCAGGUGUGAUCGUUUAACAUCGGUUCGAGAUCCUUUUUUGGCUGAAGCGCUAGCAGUUAAAGAAGCAUUGUCUUGGAUCAAGGAGGCUGGGCACAUUAAUAUUAUUGUUGAAACGGAUUGUUUAAAUUUUUGUCUUGCUUUUAAUUCACGUACUUUAGACUGUUCGUAUGUUGGUUUUAUAGUUAAGCAAUGCCUUUCUUUGGCAAAUGACAUUGGGAACAUUUUAGUUCGCCAUGUCAAGAGGUCAGCGAAUCAUGUGGCUCACGUGUUAGCACGGGCAACUGGUUCUUCGUCUGUCCUGGGUUCGUGGGUGUCUAACCCUCCUGAUUGUAUUGCUGAGUUGAUGAGUUAUUAA